AUGGUUGUGAUAAACUUUAUGUUGAUAACUUUGAUCUCAAUUUUCACAUUAUAAUUGCUCUAAACUCCAGUUCAAGGUAACCCUUUUACCACCUAUUUGGCUUAGCUUUCCUCGGCAGAUUUCACACCCACAAGUGCUCCAAUUAAUUGCCUAACAAAUGACGACUGCAUUGACACGACAUUUUGCUGCUCAACCUACUCCUGUGUACAUCCAAACAUUUGCCUGCUGGGGUCUAAAUUGCAAGAUGACAUUUGCGACUAUAACUUCGAGUGCAUGAGUCGAUGUUGCGAUAAGAAGAGAUGCGGUCAUUUUCAAAAGUGCUUUUAAAGUUGCACCACGAAUAAUGACUGCGCUACCACCUCCAGAUGCUGCAGUUAGAGACAAUGCACUGAUGCAGUAGUUUGCGAUGCGAAUAAGAUUAAGGGUGAUUAUUGUUAAAGCAGUGAAGAAUGCAUUACUAAUUACUGUUUUCAGAAUGAAUGCACUGAGGAGUUAGGCUUUUUUACAAAGAAGCUUGUAUUUGCCUUGAUAGUGAUAAUCAUACUAAUUAUUGGAGGGUCUUGCUUGAUUUACUAUUUCUUAAGUUGCUGUAAGAAACUUCCUAGAUCAAGAUAAGGAUCGCAGACAAGGCAAGAUUCAAAGGGAAAUUACUCAUCUUCUCUAAUGGAGGGAUCUAAUGAGCAAAAGGAGCAGCAAGCAAAUGACCCAAAUAAUCCAAACAGGGAGCAAGGCCUUAACUCAGGUUAAUUUAGAUAACUCUGGAAAAAGGGUAAUGUCAGAAUGCCCGUGGAAAAGAAGUAUAAAGCCGCCCCCAUUUACGAGAUUUCAAAAGAGUACUACACCUCAGAGUCCCAAAACUUUUACAAUAAAUCAAACUAUAACUCAUCACAGUUUCAUGCUGGUUUGAACUCCCUUGAUCAAUCUUAAAUUGUUAGAAGUUCUAUGUUCCAACAAGACGAUGAGAAAAGGUAGGAUACAGAUGAAUAAUUGAGUGAUUAAUUUGCGCACUCACCAGAGAUAAAAGGCCUAAAAAACAUUAGAAAAUCCUGGACUACUAAAAAUAGAAACUAUAGACGAUAGAGUGAGAGUCACAAGCAAGAGGAAUUAGGCAAUGACUUCGAGGUUUUGGCCUAGAAGGAAACCAAGAAUAUGAACUACUCGACUUUGCAGUUUCAAAAUUAGAGGAAUUAAAACUUCAGAAGCAUUUCCCCUAGAUAAAGUCAUCAUCGUACUGGUUCAACUGCCUAAGUUGUAGUUGAAGGAGAUGAAGACAGCAGCUCUUAAUCUGAGGAAAACAAGAAUAUCGGUGGGACUUCUAGAGGAGUCAAAGGAUAAAGUUAAGAAAGAAAGUUUAGUUGA